AUGGGCUGCAUUGGAUACACAGUAGUUGAUGGCGCUAAGAAAUACUGCCUGUACGAUGACCAGGUGCCGUCUGGCGUGAGCAACGCACACCCUGCGAGAUUCUCUCCAGAAGACGCCUUUUCUAAGUACAGAAUACAGCUGAAGCAGGAGUGCAAUGAUCUCCCACAAUAA